GUCUUAAGUGUCGGACGCGUUCGCUUGAAGAACUAAUCGGAUUUGAAUUGCUUCAUAAUUAUAACUUUCUUUCAUGUGCUGCUAGCAGUUUUCAAAAUGCGUCAGACGUAUUUAUUAAUUAUUCCAUUGAUCUGCAUCUAUGGCACAAUUUCUACUAACACGAUAGACACGAACAGUUGCCCCAUAGAUUGUAGCUGUUUCGCCCGUACUGUUCGCUGUGUACACGCAAAUUUGGAUUACAUCCCACGAAACCUAAGCAACGAUACCCAGUUAAUAGAUUUGCGCUAUAACCACAUCGAAGAAAUACUGGCGGGCGAACUUUUUGGAUUAACUCACAUUUCAACGCUAUUUCUUAACUACAAUAACAUAAGAGUAAUAGAUGAAAAUGCAUUUUCUGGACUCAUUAAUCUAAAACUAAUGUAUUUGGGCAAUAAUCAAAUUGAAGACUUCCCAGUGAAUUUAAUUCAACCACUUAAAAACCUCAAAGCAAUAUACUUGGAAAACAAUGGUAUUAAGGAAAUUCGCAAGGGUACAUUCGAAAAUUUAUUGCAUCUUAGCUAUAUAUCUUUGUAUAACAAUAAACUUACCACUAUUCCAUCGGAUGAGUUUUCUUUCUUACCAAGUUUAAAAAACUUACGGCUUGAUAACAAUCCUUUAAGUUGUGAUUGUGCAGUUCAUUCACUUUGGUGGCAUCACAAAGAAGGAAUCGGAAUUUCAAACAACAUUCGACACAAUCAUACCCAAGUCACGCUCACUUGUGAGUCUUCAAAAUCUGUACACCACGAGUUUACAAAACUUCAAGUAGAGGAUUUUAAAUGCAAUCUCCCUAUGAUUAUACUGGCGCCCCAGGACCAAUUGAUAAUUCCUGGAACAUCUUUCACUUUAGAAUGUGAUGCAGAUGGAGACCCUGCACCUGAUAUUUUAUGGUACUUUAACGAACACCCAUUAGAACAAGACGGCCGUAUAACAUUAGAUAAUGAAAACACCGAGCUAAAUAUAAAUAAUGCUAAAGAAGAAGACACAGGUAUAUAUACAUGUACAGCUCAAAAUAUAAAUGGUAAGGCGUCAGUACGAGCCAACGUUACAGUAGCAGAUGACGAACCAGUGCCGCGAUUAAGUAUCGAACCUUAUGACUUAGACGUAAUCAUUGGAACUAUAUUUGAAAUACCUUGCAAAGCAGAGGAUAAUACCAACAUACAGCUUAUAUGGAGACACGAUGGGAGGAUUAUAGCUCCAAACGAUAAAUAUCACGUCAGUAAGUCUGGUAGUCUUUUUGUGAAAAAUGUUACUACUUCUGAUGCAGGUCGUUAUGAGUGUACUGUGAAAAAUCAAUACGGACGGGUCACCGCUUCAGCUCUUGUAAAAAUCAAGAACAGUGCAAAUACAGCGCCAGGUGAUGAUUUCGUGCGAAUAGCAUUUAAUGAGGCUGCGAACGAAAUUGAUUUGGCUAUUAAUAAUACCAUUGAUGCUCUUUUUAUGAAAAGAAAUCCCAGUUCAGACGGGAAACUCAACUAUGCUGACCUUUUGCGAGCAUUCCGAUUUCCUAAUGGUGAAGCGCGUCAACUUGCUCGAGCUGCUGAGAUCUAUGAGCGAACUCUUGUAAAUAUAAGGAAGCACAUUGCAAAAGGGGACAACCUUACUUUAUCAAGCCGAAAAUAUGAGUUUCGAGAACUUCUUUCACGAGAACAUCUGAAUUUGGUGGCUAAACUUUCCGGUUGUGUCGAGCACCGUGAGAUGCCCAAUUGCACAGAAAUGUGCUAUCACUCAAAAUAUCGCAGUAUAGAUGGUACAUGUAACAAUUUAAGAAAGCCUUGGUGGGGUGCAUCACUUACAGCGUUUAGACGUAUUGUAAAACCUAUUUAUGAAAAUGGUUUCAGCACACCUAUUGGCUGGACAAAAAAUCUCUUGUACCGGGGAUUUUUAAAGCCAAGUUCACGUUUGAUUUCGACAACUAUUAUUUCAACCAAACAAAUUACUCCAGAUGAAAGAAUCACUCAUAUGGUAAUGCAAUGGGGCCAAUUUUUAGAUCAUGAUUUGGAUCAUGCACUGCCAUCAGUUAGUUCGGAGAGUUGGGACGGCAUAGAUUGUAAAAAAACUUGUGAUUUUGCCCCACCUUGCUUUCCAAUCGAAGUACCGCCAGAAGAUCCGCGUAUAAGAAAUCGUCGUUGUAUUGAUGUGGUUCGUACGAGCUCUGUUUGUGGUUCCGGCAUGACAUCAGUAUUUUUUGAAGAUAUACAACACAGGGAACAAAUAAAUCAACUAACUUCCUACAUUGAUGCCUCUCAGGUUUAUGGUUAUAGCUAUGAAUUCUCUGUAGAACUUCGAAAUCUCUCAACAGAUGAUGGACUUUUAAGAACAGGUGUCCAGUUUCCUGGCCAAAAAGAUAUGUUACCGUUUGCUGCGCCUCAAGAUGGUAUGGAUUGUCGGCGAAAUCUCGACGAAAACACAAUGAACUGCUUUGUUGCUGGUGAUAUACGUGUAAACGAACAAAUAGGUUUAUUGGCCAUGCACACCGUAUGGAUGCGCGCGCAUAAUCGCAUUGCCACAAAGCUUCGUGAUAUAAACCCACAUUGGGAUGGGGACACUAUAUAUCAAGAAACACGAAAAAUAGUAGGCGCUCAAAUGCAACAUAUUACUUUUAAGCACUGGCUACCAAUAAUUAUAGGAGAAAGUGGUAUGCAAUUAUUGGGAGAAUAUCGUGGUUAUGAUCCCAAUAUAAAUCCAUCAAUUGCUAAUGUAUUUGCCACAGCUGCAUUACGUUUUGGUCAUACCAUAAUAAAUCCAGUACUUCACCGACUUAAUUCUACUUUCCAGCCCAUAGCACAGGGUCAUUUGCCUUUGCACAAGGCAUUCUUUGCUCCUUGGCGGAUGGCAUAUGAAGGUGGAGUAGAUCCUCUUAUUCGUGGAAUGUUUUCGAUUCCAGCAAAGUUAAAGACUCCUCACGAAAACCUCAAUAUUGAACUUACGGAAAAACUAUUUCAAACCUCACAUGCAGUAGCUUUAGAUUUAGCAGCUAUUAAUAUUCAGCGUGGCAGAGAUCAUGGACUACCAGGAUACAAUACUUACCGACAAUUUUGUAAUCUCAGCACAGCAGUAACCUUCGAAGAUUUACAACACGAUAUCAAGAACGCAGAGGUUCGUAAAAAACUUCAAGAGCUCUAUGGGCAUCCGGAUAACAUUGAUGUAUGGGUAGGUGGUAUUUUGGAAGAUCAAGUUGAGGGUGGUAAAGUAGGUCCAUUAUUCCAAUGCCUUCUGGUAGAACAAUUUCGUAGACUUCGUGAUGGAGAUAGAUUUUAUUACGAAAACGAAGGAGUAUUCAUCCCACAACAGCUGAAUCAAAUAAAGCAAACAAGUCUAGGACGUAUACUCUGUGAAAAUGGUGAUGACUUGAAAGAAGUAACGUCCAAUGUGUUUUUACUACCUAAAGUACAAGGCGGUUAUAAAAAAUGUGAUGACGUACCGGAAAUAAACUUGUAUUUUUGGCAGGAUUGCGGCUCAUGCCAGUCUUUACCACAACUUUUGCAAACACAAGCAUCGGAAUUAUUAUUUGAUGGUCAUAAUGUAAAGAAAAGAUCGUCUCAUCAUCCUGAAAAUGAACAUUCCCAUUUAUACAAUUCUAAAGAAGCUAAUGAGCUGCGAAUAAGAAGUUUGGAGGAAAACAUCUAUAGAGUCCAGAAAGAGUUCGAAGAAUACAAAGCAAGAGUUCGUAGUCUUGAAGAUGAAGUUUUGUAAUUACGAAAAACGUUGUUUAAAAUAAUAUGAAUUAAUAAAGCACAGUUUUAAAGA